CUGUUAUUGAUUUACAUCUCCACCAAUCAGAACAAGCGUACAGUAGCGACGUCACUACACCUGCGAGCGCUUGACAUGGACGAGGGCAUCUGAUUGGCGGCGCCGCGUCUGCCGGAUGCCUAUUGGCGGUUGCUAGGCUGCGUGGGCGUGCCCCGUUAUCCCUUGCAACAUGGCGCUGAACAAGAACCAUCAGGAUGGCGGAGGCGUCAUCAUUAAUAACAGCGAGAGGUGAGUGAAUGGCGGGACAGUCAGACAGGAGCCAGUGGUUCUCCUCAGGGCUCCACAUUGCGGAGGACAAAGCGCGGCUGACCUCACAUGGCGGCUUCCGCAUCCAGAGCCGCAGUGAGGGCGGGGUUUCGUAUGAUUGGCAUACGUGUGGACCAAUCAGGAAGCCUGAACCCCCCAGACUGACAGCUGGAUGAUGCAUUCUGUGUAUCUACCUAACCUGCAGACUGUCUGUGUCACCACAUUAUCUAUCAGCAAUUAAUGGCAUCAAUGUCACAAAUCAUGAACAUUCUAUAGUUUAUUCCAGGGAUAGGCAACCUUCGGCACUCCAGAUGUUGGGGACUACAUCCCCCAUAAUGCUUAUACACCCAUAAUGCUGGCAAAGCAUCAUGGGAGGUAUAGUCCAAAACAUCUGAAGUGCCGAUGGUUGCCUAUGCUUGGUUUAUUCAUUUAAACAACAAUGCUUUCAAAGUGUGUUCCAUACAUCUGCUCAUGCUAAUAUUUUUUUUUUAAUGUUUUUUUGUUUAAUCAUCAAUCCAUCUUUUCUGCCCACCUUAUUUUAUUUAUUUUUUUCCAAAAAUAGAGCUUUACAUGAUUUCAUUAAUCUCAUGGUUUAUGGGAGAUGUAGUUCAGCUGUUUGCUACAACAGAAAAAGGAAAACAUAAAGUUGACAUUUUCUUUUCAUUGUUUCACUUUUUAUUUGGGUUUUUCAACAUGCAUUACAGAUAUCCAUUAGAUCCGACAGUGAUUUUUUUGGAACAUCAAUAUGUUAUGUCUACAUUGUAUCUGAGAUAGGGUACAUCAAGUGGGGUAGGUGGCACCACUGCUUCCGCAUUACAUAUAUCAUUGUGCGACAUUUGUGUGCAAAUACAUUUGUUCAUUUACACAAAAUACAAAGCCCCCCUCCCCAAUGGUCACCCAUCAUCACUAUGGCAAUCCCACCGGUUCCAGUUCUAUGCGCCGAAAUAUGUGUGUAGGUUGUGGCCUUGGAUACCAUCUUAUCACUAUACUUAGAAUAACUUUAAAAGAAAUAGAAACUUAACUUAAAAAGUGUAACUUCAAGACAAUUGUUGACAAUGCUUGAAUUAAGCAAACUGUCUGGUGUUGUACGCUCUUGUUACCUCUCUGUGAUCCCCUGUAACCUUCCAUCCUGUGUUCGAGAGACGUUUGUGACCGGAUUCCCAGUACAGUCCGCCACAACUCCCGCCCACAGUGCCACCACCCCAGCUAGGCCUCGUACAUCUUGUGUGUUAUAUUGGAGAGUCAUUCAUCCACACUCCCCCUGCCCCAUACGUGUCCCAGACUAAGUCCCAUUUUGCCCGUGUUUGUAUGCCUGGUAUGUGCUAUUCAGUCUGUGGGACAUUUCUUCAUACACUCUGGUCUUUUGAGUUUCUCUAGUACCAUAUUCAGUGUUGGGGUCUGCGUAUUUUUCCAUAAGGAUGCUAAGCUGUUCUACGCGGCUAUCAGUACAUGAAUAAUUGCUGAUCUGUCCGCUUUUUUGUACAGCUUUGGAAAUAUUUGUAAGAUGUAGGGUGCAAUGUGAAGCGGAAUACCCUGCCCUGUCAUGGUGAGUAUCACCUCUUUGAUUUGUGUCCAGAAAGGCUGGAGUGUUUUGCAAUACCAGAACAUAUUGAGAUUGGCUUAGAAAUGGAAGAAUUUGUAAAAGCUGAUGCAGGCCUAAGCCAACCCCUCAGAGCUGUCAAUUAGGCCGUUCAAACCUUAACUCUGCCAAUAACUGGACAUGAAUUUAUAAACACCUUCUAACAGUACAAGAUGCACUUGUACCUAAAGUAGAGCGCUAAAGUGCAAGAAUAUGGAGAAUGACUUCCCCCUGUUUGAAACAGGUAAAUACAGUACGAAAUUCAAUACAUGAAAAACAAAAGAGUAAAAAUAUUUAAAUAGUGCAAUAGCAUAAAGUCAGACCACUCACAUGUAAUGGAGCCUAUAUGCAUUGGCUCCGUAUAUCAGGCAGUUAUGCUCUUUGGGCAGCAUCACACCACUCCUUCAUAGAGAUAUAUUCUCCAGUAAAGAGAGAAAGAGACCAAUAUGGUGUAGUAUGUCAAUCAAAUUGACAACUAAUAUGAGGUAAAUAUUGAGUUCACCUUAUGUACAGCCAAAGGUCCCAGGCUCUAAGGUAUCAAGGUAUAGUGCCACUAUAGAGGGAAUGGUACUUCUCCAAAAAUGAAGAUUCCUGAGGCUGUGUAGGAUAUGUUUAAAAUACUAAAACAGAAGAGGUGGAGCUUAGCCACUGAAGCAAAUGGGCGCAUGUCCCUGGAGCUCCGAGCCUCAAGCCGUUGAAAACCCACUUUCCGACACAAAUACGGCGUUGAUUGGACCUGGGGAACACCACCAGUUCGCCCAGAAAAUCCAAAAAGCCCAAGUCAGACAGACCGAGCAUGGGGCUGGAUAUCGGGGAAAUGUGGCGGCAGGCGCAGAAGAAUUUUCGGAACACUCUCUGACGAGCUCUCUUUGGACGAGGAAGACGACAUCAUACCUGCCAUCCCGAGGCUGAAGACAGGUCCAACGAUGCCAGACUCAGCUCCGGUCACCACUGCUGUUCUCAAGGAGCUCCUGGCAGACCUGAAAACUACUCUCCAGGCGGACAUAGCCUUGAUCCGUGGAGGCUUGCAGGGCCUGACGGGCCACAUCGGAGUCCUGGAGGAAGCCACUCAUACAGGCACACCGCGCAUGAACACGCUGCAAUAAGAGAUCAGAGACCUACAGAAACAAAACCAAAUGUAUGAUCGCUGCUACGCGGCACAGGAAGACACCCGACGCCGGAACAAUAUUAAAAUUAGAGGGAUCACAGAGGACGUACCAGAAGCUGAACUGCCACACCUAAUGAGGAGACUCAUGGGCACCCUACUAUCAAAGUGACAAGCUAAAGCUGUAACGCUGGACGCCCUCUUCCGCAUUCCCAAACCGACUAAGGCACCGACAGCUAUCCCACUGGAUCUGGUAGCCCAAUUCCGGUCUGGUACCGAUAAAGCAGCGAUCCUCCAGGCCCUCAAGGGAACAACCCAAUACCAAUUCGAAGGCAUGUCGCUGGCCUUUUACCAGGACCUUUCGAAUAGCACCCUAGCCUGGCGGAGGUCUCUCAGGCCACUUCCUUCACUCCUACAGCAGCGAAACAUACGUUACCACUGGCGCAUGUCUCGCACCCUCAUGGUAACCCAUGAAGAAUCCACACACCUGCUCCAAGACAUCCAGGAAACAGCUACACUCCUACAAGCCUUGGGUCUGCUGCAGGAUUGUCUGAGCAGCAAGGGCCCCAUCACUGCCUCCCAGCCUCCACACACGUGGAAUCCUGCGACAGCUUCCCGUUCUUUCCGCGGGGGCACCGGAUGGACCGUUAUUAACGAACUGAAAGCCGUCUCCUGCCCAGCCCUCUCUUAUAGGGCUAUGUUUAUUGUUCCUUGCAAUGCCUUAGUUAACUUGGCUUUCUCUUAAUGCGAUGCUUCCUUAACUUUCCCCACCUCUGAUGACUUGACGUGGUAGACAUGACACCUAUGUCACAUACCUCCCACACUCCGGGGCCUCACCGACUGGGCCACCUCAUGACUUAGAGAAGGGAGGCAGUAAAAUAUUUGCCAUGCAUAUACGCUCCCUCACGCUAAUUUACCCGACACAACGGACGCACAAGUCAGGUGCGAUUACAGUCCUGUAAAACCACACCUGGGCCCAAAGCACAUACCUGACCGCACUCGAAUACUGUUUGUACACAAGCAGGCCAGCCUCACAUACUACACCGCAUAGCUGUGAACUGACAGAUGAGACACGCAGACACUAUCACUACAGCACCGGCAGCUGCUUUAAAGUCAGCAACAUGCUGGUGUACUCUUGCUAUUUAAAUUAGUUACUAAGCAUCCUUAAAAAGUAGAAAAAUGUUAGUGCUGAAAUUGAAUACCAUGAAAAUGUUUCUGAUGUACUGUUUCUACGACUGGUACCCGCUGUUGUGGCGCUACUAGCAUGUUUGUUAUCUACUAAGCACGGAAAAAUAAAGAAUUAAAAAAAAAAAUACUAAAACAAUUUAUUAACAAAAAAGUUAAAAACAGUAAAAUAAAAUAAAUACUGUCCACACUAUAUCUGGAUAUCCAAAGUCAGCCAAUACGCGUUCCACUGUCUGAUGCUGCCGUAAGAGAAUAUCUGCCUGAUAUAGGGAGCCAAUGCAUAUAGGCUCUGUUACAUGUGAGUGGUCUGAUUUUAUGCAAUUACACUAUUGAAAUAUUUUUACCAUUUGCACUAUAUUUGUAUUAAUUUGUUUUUCAUGUAUUGAAUUUCGUACUGUAUAUACCUCUAUCAAACCCGGGUACGGUAAGUCAUUCCCCAUAUUCUUGCACUUUAGCGCUCCACUAUAGGUAGAAGGUGUUUAUAAUUUUGUGUUGUGUGGGGAAAAGGGUAUCCCACAUUAAAGUGUAGAACUGCUACUCUAUAUAUGUAAAGCAAUUUUUUGACCUAACACACUUACUUUGUGAGAGGAGUUUCGUUUUAGUUAUAAUAACUGGACAUGGCACAGUUUAAGAAACAGUAAACCAAGUUUUCUGUGAACUGAUUGCAGUCCCAGUAGAGUGUAACUGCUCUUUUGGUAUAAACGACUUAUUUUGUAAAUCUCUGCUCACAGGGCUCAUUGUUUAAGGAAAGACCCAUAGACCAGCUUGUUACUCUUUUGAUUGGGGCCUUUCUAACUGGGGUGGGAGGGCUCUGCAUGGUGCUCUAGGCAGAUUCACUAAACAAGAAAAUGUAUUGUAAAUUUCCUUUUUAGGUCAUAAACCAGAGAAGCUAUAGGUUUAUAGGAAAAACAAUGCAAUAGCACCCCUACCCCUUGCCUUACCCAAUCUGAUAUACAGACCGUGCCAAAGGUGGGAACUUAGUGCUGUCAUAGCCUAGGAAUAGAAAAUUAUAGUUAGAAUUCAUUUUCCUAAUUCUCGGCCACAUCCAUUGCAGCACUUACUUAUAGGGAUUCCAAAGCAAGGUAGGUAGAAGACAAACUAUUAUGCAAAAUUAUUGUUAUCAAAAAUAAAUAAAAUUAAGCUAAAGGUCAUCCUAAAGUGCCCUUAUGAAGGUGGCAGCUCUUCCUACCUGAUCCCCUGAAUCUCCUGUUCCAGCUCCUCAAAAGGUGGAAAGGGCCUUUUGGGCAGUGGAGUGAGCCUGCAAGUCUUGAUCUACUGAAGAUUUCAUGGUUUGAUAGGUGACCUUGAUGAAGAGUGAAACAGCCGUGACAUAAGCCUUGGCUAGAUUCCUCACCGGGAGCCUCAUCGUACACAAAGAGUUGUGCGCAUGUCUACAUGGACAUGGAGCAUUAAUAUUUGGGUGCAGAGUCCCAGACCCUAGAGUCCUUUUCACUAGAGGGUACAUACUAGAAAUCUUCUCUUGAAUGGACACUUUUUUUUUCCCCUCUUGGAUCAGCCAAGAGGCUGAAAUCUCCCAGUUCAAGUCCUUGACCAAUCUGAAUGCUUCUGUGCAUGGGUUUGCAUCGUUAAUUCCCAUUAAAACCGACUGUCAAACAUUUGGAGAAGAGGAAGGAGAAACAGCAGAGGCUUGCACACAGGAUAGGCAUAAUUUUCUGCUUCCCAAGGCCGUUUUAUUGCACACCUUACAAGGUGUGUUUUAUUUUGUUUUAUGUUUUAUUUUGUUUUAUUAUUAAAAGGAGAUUUGUCUCCGUUCACUGCAUUUGUAUUUUUUUUAAAUUAUUUAAUUACUCUCUACAAUUCCCUGUUGAAUAAUUAAUCUCCUAUUUUCUAAAUAAAAUACUAUAGCUUUGUCAUUGCAUGCAUUUUUUAUCAUCUUCAUCAUCAUGUCUGUUUUUAGAUUGUAAGCUCUUUGUAAAGAUUCAGGACAAUCAUGUUAUUUCAGCAUCCUGAUGUCCUACGACCACGUGGAGAUGACGUUUAGUGAUAUGGAGAACACAUCGGAUGAGUUCAGAGGGACUAAAAAGGGCAGUGUAAUUCUGACACCCUACAGGGUAAGAACAGAUAUCUUAACAUAAUGUUUUAUUGUUUCUUUACUCCUAUAAUAUUUGUUGCUUUAGGUGCAACAGUUAUUUUGGGACUAAAAGUUCCCUUCUGUCCACCCCUCUUUGCUGAUAAAAAAAAUAAAUUAAAGCUAAUGAUUACUCCACUCUUUUCUAGUGCUGGGAAUUCUUCACUACAGCCUCCAGGUCUGCCUCCAGUGAUAUCAGCAUCCAAGAUGACAUCACUAGUGAUCUCUUCCAAUCCAUUGCUUUUCAUGGAGAAGCAAUGGAUUGGUACUAGGCAAAUUAUCCUCCAAUCGAAUGCUGUUAUCUGGAGUAUUUGAUUCCAAGACCAAGGUUCUGGAUUAGAAGGCACUCCUAAUGACUGUCAGGAAGGCAGACACUAGAGGUGUAUUAACCCUGUUACGUAAACAUUGUAGCACCUGACAGGACCACUGCUCCCAGACCACUUAAUGGACUUUGGUGGUCCUUAAAGAGAACUACGCUUACUACAUUUGGGACGCAAAGAUACUUGCCAUUUUAUCAUUCACUGGCAGCAAAUGUAUUCCAUGUAUUGCCUCUCAUAAAUGAAAACAAAAAUUUGAGGUGGCACUCUAGUAAUCAUAUCCUCUUCAGCUUAUUUAAGUGAUGGUGCUGUAUACCCUGUAACUGCCCGCUUUUGCAUGACAAAAUUGUUAAACUGAUAAAUUGGGCUUGGUAGAGAAGCUAGUAGUUUUCCCUCCAAGCCUUGUCAGUCAAAGAACUGGGAAUUACAUUUCCUGGCUUGUGUAUGAUUCUGUAUGGUCAGUGGCACCAAUCAUCACAUAUAUAGCAACAACACAUGCAGGCACUAGCACCAGUCAUCACAUAUAUAGUUACCGGACAUUCAUGUCCCUUCACAUUAGCAUAAUAUGCAUGCUGAAUGGUGUAAUUCAACGGCAGGGCAUUAAAGCACUAUUUUAUCACUUUGACAAAUUUGUUAAAUGUAAAUGUACUGGGACAUGGCCAAGGUCACCAUAACCACUUUAAUAAGAUGAAGUGGUUAGGUUGCCUAAGGUAUCCCUAUAAACUAAAAGUUCUAAAAAAAAGUGCGUCUUAUUAUAGGUGUGCAAUUAGCUGUCAUAUUGUAGUUGAAAUAAUAAUUUCGGAAUACUGACUCUGCCUGUACUAGGCAAUUGUUUUUAAAGCUUCUGGGCACAAUGGAGAAAUAGUAUAGAAAAUCCGUGCAUCCAGAGUAAAAGUACUACUGAUGAGAUGCUCACAUUUUAAAAUGCAUGGAGUGGUUGUCACCUGGUGUAUAUUUGUUUGUUUACUGCUGGUAAUAUGUUUGAUCUACAGGUUAUAUUCAUGUCCAAAGGGAGAGACUACAUGCAGUCAUUCAUGCUGCCUUUCUAUCUGAUGAAGGAUGUUGAAAUCAAACAGCCUGUUUUUGGAGCUAACUUUAUUAAAGGCAGCAUCAGGGCAGAGCCUGGAGGUAAGUGUCACAUGAACGUAGACCAAAUUGUACCCAGUACACAAAAAAUUUAUUACAAAGUAAGUAUUGUAUUACAAAACCGUUAUCCACAACAUUAUAUAUAAGUAACAAAGACCUUGAUUUAAAGGACCACUAUAGUGCCAGGAAAACAUACUCGUUUUCCUGGCACUAUAGUACCCUGAGGUUGCCCCCACCAUCAGGGACCCCCUUCCGCUGGGCUCUGGGGAGAGGAAGGGGUUAAAAUCUUACAUUUCUCCAGUGCCGGGCGGGGAGCUCUCCUCCUCCUUUCCACCUCUUCUCCUCCUCUUUGGCUGAAUGCGCAUGUGCGUCAGGAGUUGCGCGCGCAUUCAGCCAGUCUCAUAUGAAAGCAUUCAUAAUGCUUUCCUAUGGACACUUGCGUCUUCUCACUGUGAUUUUCACAGUGAGAAGCACGCAAACGCCUCUAGCGGCUGUCAGUGAGACAGCCACUAGAGGCUUUAGAGGCUGGAUUAACCUAUUUAUAAACAUAGCAGUUUCUCUGAAACUGCUAUGUUUAUAUAAAAAUGGGUUAACCCUAGCUGGACCUGGCACCCAGAACACUUCAUUAAGCUGAAGUGGUCUGGGUGCCUAGAGUGGUCCUUUAAUAUUGUUGGAUAAGUUUUCCAAGUGAUUUCAUAUUUUUGAAUAAACCUUUAAAAUUAUUUUUCAGCAUAUUAAAAGAUAAAAAAAAUCAUAUAUUAAAAAAAAAAUCUAAAUGUUACACAAUUAAGAUAUUUUUCAUAAUAUUAAAUAGUUGAAAAUCUAAUCCAGCAAUAUUAAAUUGAUACCAAAAUCUGCUUAAAACAACCGAUAACAAUUAAAAAUCACUAAGUGUCUACAUAGCAAAGAAAAAUGUUUACUUACCUUUUUCUCCCUCGCCAUGGUGCUCUCUCUAUAGGAAGCUCUGCUUCCCUGGCUGAGAUCAUUAAUCAUGAGGAUCUCGACCAAAACAAUGAUUUCUUAUAGGAAAGCAUUGGGAGGCUAGAGUGCAUGCGGGGCCGCACUGUACUUUCUAUGAGACCAUCUGAUUGAUCUGAUUAAUUGGCUAUUUGGACGGAAGUUGCAGCCAGUGACAGCCACUAGAGUCAUUUAAACCCUGUUUAGGUGUUUGAAAUGUACCUUGAAGCAUUACAUUGUGCUGGAAUGUUGUUUUACACUAUCUCUUUUGCAAGCUUACCAGAUAGAGGCGCUAUUGUAUAAGCUAAAAUUUUGAAAUACAAUUACUUUAAUUUCUGAACUGAAGUCUCCAUUCUUUUGGGACCUUCUAGCAGUUGUAAGAUCCCUAAUCUUGAACAUAAAAAAAGCAUUUGCCUAUUCCAAAUUGCGUAGGGUAACAGUUCAGAUUUAAGACCGUAUUGGAUAAAUGGAUAAUAUUACAUAAAUGGUGUUUUUGACCAAAGAGGACUAAAUAUGGUCGCCAUGCCAAGAAACGCAAACAAACUCCAAACUUUCUAUUCACCUAAAUACGCUGAAAUCAAAAAAACCUUGAUUUUCUCAUCUUCUUCCACUGAAAGUGUACAUUCUGUGAAAUAAAAUUAAAAAAGAACAAUACAGUGCUUCAAAAUCAACAAUACUACCAUUUCGAAUUGUAUCUCUCUGCUGUAAGAGAUUAAAAGGUAAUAUGUUUGACAACAUGGCUGCAUUGUCCUCCUUGGAGCUCAUAAUCUUAUUUAAACACCUUUCCCACCAUGCAUUUUCAAAGGGAAUAGUAGAUCCAACGGAAUGGUCUUUCCUUUAGCCAUAAAUUGCCUUUAGUAAAUAUCAAAAUUUCAUUAAGGAAUUCAUUUUAUCCACAUUUUUAAAUCCAGGGUCUUUUUUUCAACAUAGUGAAUACAGAUGAUCGUGUCACUUCUUCUUAUGCCAUUCUUUUUAUAAAUAUGCAUUAAAACUGUAUUCAUAAUACUUAAAACAAAUCUUAAUUGUAAAUCUAGGGAGUUUCCAUUUAAUAUCAGAACUUAUUUCCAGAUUUGGGUAUACGCAGCCAUUUAAAAAUCCUGUUAUCUUUUGCACAAUAGUGUUCUUUGUUUCUUUAAACUAGCUUCCCUCAUUCAAAUUAGGUGGAAGAUUUGGCAAGCAUCUGGUUUGAAAAGAUUAUUUUUUUUUUUACCUUUUGCUGACCAUAUUAUUGUUGCUUCAAGCAGUGUUGAAAUGACCUUUCAGAUAUUAAGCAAAGUUUGAAAUCAGUAAAACGAUGAAUGCAUUAUUAAUUCAAUGUAGAUUUUAACCUAUGUUGAUCAGAAUAUUUACCCACAUUAACAAUACAGGAUGGAAAUGGUAAUAAAAUCUUAGAGCCACCUUCAUCAUUUUUUCUUUCAUUUUUUUUUUAGCUAUUUGAUUGCUAAUUAAAAGAUUUCUGUAUGUGUUAUAGGUAGUAAGUAUCAGUGAGUGUUACAGUAGGCAUGUUUAUCUCCUUUGUUGAAAUUGGGAUGGUACCCACUCAUGCCCGAGUACGGUGAUGUAGUGUUGGGCUUGACAUGAUAUGGCCAUGUGUGUUGUUCCUUAAUUUGUAUUUUGUAUACAUUUUGGUAUUUAUGGCAGCACCACUGCUGAGAAAUACAUGUUUCGGUUGUGCCCCCAAUUCCCUUUUUUUUUAUGUAGAAAAUUGAUGUAGACAGGACAUCUGCCUUUCUCUUACCAUUGGAUUAUGAAAUCGUCAGAGCGGGAACAUUAGAAGGUCACUGAAAACAUGUUUGUGUGGUUAAAACGUUAAAUUUGAGGGUUUCAGGAAAGAAAGAACACAACAGGAUGCCACUUAAAACAUUCUGAGAAAAAUGCACUGCUAAAAAGGUUCAAAAGUCAGUUCUUGAACUAAAGCCAUAAAUAAAUAAUUAAAGAAGCCCUUUGCCUACAUAGCGUCUUUCUUCCUACAAAACUUCAUACAUAUUGCAAAAAUGCGGCUCAUACAACAUACGUUUUUUUUUUGUUUUGUUUUUUGUUUUGUUUUUUGUAUUGUUACAUCAUGCCUAAAAUAUUAUCUUAUUACAGGGUUUGACAAAUUUGCUUUGAAUGUAGGAGCCAGAUUUUUUUUUUUAAGCUUUAUAUUCAACAACAAAAAUGCAAUUCUUAAAGGGACACUAUAGUCACCAGGACCACUACAGUUUAAUGUAGUGGUUCUGGUGUCUAUAUGUAAACACUGCCUUUUCAGAGAAAAAGCUGUGUUUACAUUGCUUCCUAGUGACACCUCUUGUGACAGUCACUCAGACGGUUUCUUGAGGUGCAUCUACAUUUAGCCUCUCCACGCUCUGCAUGGAGGCGCUGAAUGUUGCAUGGAGGCGCUCAACUGCCCUAUGAGGAGAUGCUGAUUGGUGCAGCGUUUUGCAGCCAAUCCUAUGGGAAAACAUCGGAUUUUUGCUGAGUUCAUCAAGCUUGGUAAUCUCAGGCAUAGAGGCAGGGCCAGUUGAGGGGAGACCAGCACAGCGUGGGAAAAAAGGUUAGUAAAAACACCAUUAACCUUGCGAACGGAAAGGAUCUGGUCACCUAAACAUGCACAUCAUGACAGACACACACACAUACCAUGACAGACAGACACAUCUACAAUGACAUAAUCAGACACACAUGUUAAUGACACACACACACACACACCUCAUGACGUGCAGACACAUACACUCACACUGACAGACAUACACUCACAGACACACAUUAUUGCUUGUUCUAAAAUGUGUGGGGUCCAGUAGGUGACUGGCUGAGGGAUUGUGGAGGCGGACUGCAUUCUGGGGGACUGUGGAGGCGAGCGGCAAGCUGGGUGAUUAUGGGGGCGGGUGGCAUGCUGGGGGGUCGUGGAGGCAGACGGCUGGCUAUGCGUAUUGUUGCUGGGCGGCGAGGUAGCUGUGAUGUUCCUACUCUGGUCUGCUCCCUUCCGCGCUGAUUAUUCAGGCCAGAGUCAGAAUAUGAUGUCAUAUUCCGGCCCCGGCCCCACUAAGGGGCCCGCGAGGGAGCAGACCAGGGACAUCACAGCUACCUCGCCACCCGCCUAGUAUUCGAGCAGCCAGCAACCUGCCUCCACGACCCUUCAGCAUGCUGCCCUUCUCCAUAAUCCCCCAGCUUGCCGCCCAUCUCCACAAUUCUGCUCCCGGCCUCCAGCCCGCCUUGGCGGUAACAAGCUCACAUACCCCAAGCGCCAAGGCAAAUCCCCUAGGCGCCAUGGCGACCUGGGAUUUGUGGAGCCCUGUCUUAUUAUGAUAUUGUCUCCAGCAUAAGUCACAAGGGCCACUAGUUGCUGUCCUUUAAAAUGAAUGGAUUUAUUCACUUAGCUGGGAAUUGUGUAGGACUCACAAGGAAUUACAUAGAAACAUAGAAUGUGACGGCAGAUAAGAACCAUUCGGCCCAUCUAGUCUGCCCAAUUUUCUAAAUACUUUCAAUUAGUCCCUGGCCUUAUCUUAUAGUUAGGAUACCUUAUGCCUAUCCCACGCAUGCUUAAACUCCUUUACUGUGUUAACCUCUACCACUUCAGCUGGAAGGCUAUUCCAUGCAUCCACUACCCUCUCAGUAAAGUAAUACUUCCUGAUAUUAUUUUUAAACCUUUGUCCCUCUAAUUUAAGACUAUGUCCUCUUGUUGUGGUAGUUUUUCUUCUUUUAAAUAUAGUCUCCUCCUUUACUGUGUUGAUUCCCUUUAUAUAUUUAAAUGUUUCUAUCAUAUCCCCCCUGUCUCGUCUUUCCUCCAAGCUAUACAUGUUAAGAUCCUUUAACCUUUCCUGGUACGUUUUUAUCCCGUAAAUCCAUGAACCAGUUUAGUAGCCCUUCUCUGAACCCUCUCUAAGGUAUCAAUAUCCUUCUAAAGAUACGGUCUCCAGUACUGUGUAGAGGUCUCACCAGUGUUUUGUACAAUUGGCAUGAGCACUUCCCUCUUUCUACUGCUAAUACCUCUCCCUAUACAACCAAGCAUUCUGCUAGCAUUUCCUGCUGCUCUAUUACAUUGUCCACCUGGUAUCCCUUUUAAGUAGUUCCAGGGUGGUAUCCCUUUAAGGAGUCCCCUCUAAGGGUCCAAGAAUGGUAUCUUUAAGGAAUUUGAGGGAUCUAUCCCUUUAAGGGAUUUUUGGGGGUGAAAUCCCUUUAAAGUUCCAGUACCUUGAACCACUAUACAUGAGUACGACUCAAAUCUGUAAAUAAUAUGCCAGUUAGAAUACUUACCUUUGCCUUGAUUUGAACUUAGGACCCUGGGGUCCAACGUCCAUGUCAGAGCAUCCUGAGCCACAAGAGUAGCGAAUUGCAAAUUUUACUCCGGAAAAGUUAAAUCAGAAUAAUUCUAAUCUACCACUUUAAUAUUUUCCACCUGGACUGUUUUAACUUUAAUUGUUAAAAUCUCCAUUAUUUCCCCACGUUUUCAAAUUUAAUAAACUUAAAGCAGAGUUAGCAUAAUUAAUCUCCUCUCACCCCAUUAAAGACCAUCUAUCUCACCUGUUUAUUAUAUCUGCUGAGGGAGCAAAUGCAAGGGGGAUUUUAGAUGCUGUGUUUAAAACAUCAGUCGUGUCUCCCCGCCAAUGAGCUCUUAUAAUACUAAGCUCAUUGGUAAUUUAAUUUUGGAAGUCGUGUUUGAAAAUCAACAAAGGAUAAAAUAUCAGGAUAAAAACAAAGUUCAUGAAAUGAUCAUCUUAUAUCCUCCCCAGCCCAUUUACUAGUGUCCUCUGUUCUGGACAUUUCAUUCACAUGCAUCUCCUUUUAUUCUUUUGAGCUACUCUAUCAACCCUGCUGUAUUGUAAAGAGGACAUCCUGGGCUUUCCACUGAUAUGUCAUGUGAUAGGCUGGGAUGCUGGGAACUUCCUCUUCCUUUUCAUCAAAAAUGGAAAGAAAUUGGAAGACAAUGUUUCUCCUUGGUUCCCAGGAGGCUAUAAUAUUGGAUUGCGAUAGAUAACUGCACGUUUGUGAACUACAUAUCCCGUCAUGCAAGCAGUAUACACUUCACUUAUAAUAAGGCACAUUUUAAUUUAAAAUUACAUUCUUUGUCCGUAGGGGGCUGGGAAGGAUCUGCCACAUUUAAGCUGAACUUCCCUUCAGGAGGUGCCAUAGAAUUUGGCCAGAGCAUGGUGCAAGUGGCUUCUCAAGGUGAGUUUGAGUUUGUAUGUGUACACUCUCAAUUUUUAUUUUUAUUUUUAAAUAAUGGAAACAUGAAGUAAAUGCAUAUUAUGUGCUCUUUUUCUUUUUUUCCAAUAAAAAAUAGCUUUUGCUGUAUAUAUCUAUGAAAGUCAAUGCCUGGACGCAGAAAAUAUAUUUCAAAGCUAAUAUGUGUGCUCAAAUGUUCCUAACUGCGUUCUUUGACUAACAGUGCAAUAGUAACACUUUUUCAUUGCAGUGUACAGUGCCAUUUUUAAUGUAACCACUAGGGUGAGGAGUCUUCGCGUUAGUGGACUAUCCACUUUUAGUCAUUUUAUACAAGAGGCAAUGGGAUGUGUGUUAUGCUCCUAUCUUUGUUAGCCAGACUGCACAUUGCUGAACAUGAUUGGUGUUAGCCCAGGGUCCACGCUGGUUAAAGGGUUAAUCCAACCAAAACCGUAUUUUGAUAAUACAUUGUUUUGGAUGGCUUAACUCUUGCUGGCAUGUUCCCCUCUUGUAAAAGAAUAAAGUAAUAAAGCAAAAACAUACACGUGAUCCCACACCGCUGACAAGUUCUCCCUGCAGCCUGAUCCUCCUCUGGAUGGGGAGGAACAUCCCAGAGGACAGGCUGAGGGAAGGUCUUGGACGGCACAGAAGGGGCCAUGCCGCCAUUGGUCCUCUGUUGCCAAAAUAAUAUGUGUUCUUGCAACAGACACCCAAGAAUUAAUGGAUCACUUUAGUGUUAGGAAUACAAAGGUAUGCGGCGGGGCGCUGGGACUUUCCUGGAGCGGCACCGGUACAUUACCAAACAACAGCCUGUGAGCUGAAUUUAGCACUAAGGGGAACAUUGCAGCACUAAGGGGAACAGAGACACUGCACCCUGACCAAUUCAAUGAGCUGACAUGGUCUGGGUGCCUUUAGUGUCCCUUUUAACAUUAGCCAACCUGGAACACUUAUGUUAUACUUCUGCACAUACAGAUUCCAAGAGCUAUAACCACUUCAAAACACAGAAGACAAGAGAGACACUGCUGUGUAGCAAUUUAAUAUUGCACAGUUACUACUAUGCAGAUAGGAACUUCCUGGUUACAUUUUGUGUACAUUAUACACUGUAUCACAAUAGAAGCGUUCAGCAGCCCUUAACCCCUUAAGGACCCAUGCCAUGUGUGACAUGUCAUGAUUCCCCUUUAUUCCAGAAGUUUGGUCCUUAUGGGGUUAAAGGACCACUAUAGGCACCCAGACCACUUCAGCUUAAUGAAGUGGUCUGGGUGCCAGGUCCAUCUAGGGUUAACCCUUUUUGCUGUAAACAUAGCAGUUUCAGAGAAACUGCUAUGUUUAUAAAUGGGUUAAUCCAGCCUCUAGUUGCUGUCUCAUUGACAGCCGGUAGAGGUGCUUCGCGCUUCUCACUGCGAUUUUCACAGUGAGAAGACGCCAGCGUCCAUAGGAAAGCAUUGAGAAUGUGUUCCUAUGAGACUGGCUGAAUACACGCGUGGCUCUUGCUGUGCAUUCAGCCAGGGACGUCAGAAGAGGGAGGAGAGUCCCGGUGCUGGAAAAAAAGGUAAGGGAUUAACCCCUUCCUCCCUCUUCAGCGCUACGGGAGUGGGACCCUGAGGGUGGGAGCACCCUCAGGGCACUAUAGUGCCAGGAAAACGAGUAUGUUUUCCUGGCACUAUAGUGGUCCUUUAAACACAGUGUCUGCACCACUAGGUGGCCGUAAGCAAAUAUAAAGAAAUUCUCAGUACUCCAGGAUAUGUGUGGCACCAAAUAAUAAUUGAAUGAUUUAUAAUACAAGCACCAUACACAUGAUUUGAAAAAAAAUAUAAAAUAAAUAAUUUUACCACUGUUUACUUGUUUUGUAAAUAACUAUCAGAUCUUAUAAUUACCAUAUAUUGAACACAAACAUUUUUUUUCUUUGUGCAAAAUUAUGUUUAACCCCUUAAGAACCAAACUUCUGCAAUAAAAGGGAAUCAUGACUCAAUGAGACAGCCACUAGAGGAUUUGAGGGCUGGAUUAACCCAUUUAUAAACAUAGCAGUUCUCUGAAACUGCUAUGUUUAUAAAAAAAAUGGGUUAACCCUAGCUGGACCUGGCACCCAGACCACUUCAUUAAGCUGAAGUGGUCUGGGUGCCUAGAGUGGUCCUUUAAUGUAAUGUUCAUAUUACAGUCUUUUUAAUUUUGUGGGAUCUCUUUUGGAGUUUCAGUGUUUUACAGUGAUUCUCAUCCUUUCUAACUUACAUACCUAAUUUUUAACUCCAGUAAUAUAUUCAUGGAUCCCGGCAGCUGAUUUUAGUGUACAAACAUGUAAUAUUAUUCUCCAAUUAAUAAUAUUUACACUACAAUUAUCUUUUUGAUAAUUAACUCGUUGAUGUGUGGACCAGGCGAAAUGAGUCUUGUUGGGAUUAUUUAUUAGAACAUUGGCAUAUGAUUAUGCAAAUGGUAGAAAGCAUAUUUCAAAAGGUAAAACAAUAAAAGAAAGCGCAAUAAAUACAUCAAACAAUAAAAGUGGUUUUUGAAGUAAGCUGCUGAAUUGGAUCAAAGCAUUUCCUCAACGUGCCAAAAUUCAGGAAACAAUGUUUAACAAAAAAUAAAAGGUUUACAAUGUAUAAUCAAUAUAUAUUAUUUAUUUAUAAAAUAUUUUACCAGGAAAGAUACAUUGAGAUUUUUCACGUUUUCAAGUAUGUCCUGGGUCCACAAAUCAUUGCAUUGUUACGUAUAUUGUUAUAUAUAUUGAUUGUAUAGUAUCACAGACUAUACUAGCAAAUAAUUUCAAGUGAAUAUAGUACAUAAUACUAUUGAUUUAGACAUUUAACCCUCUCAUCACUGCUGUUUUUUGGUUGAAUAUAUUUCAAAAGCUUCAAGAGAUUACUUACAGGAAAAAAUAUUUAUUACCUAAAAAUAGAAUCAGAAUGGCACUUAUCUCUGUAAGAGGAUUAGGUCAGGCUCUGCAGGUUCCUGAAUGCCAUGCAUAUUUAAACUAUUACAUUUCAACAGACACCGGAGGAAGUGUCAUUUAAUGUAAUUUUUAAAUGGAUUACAAGUGACUCUUUGGUUAUCCCAAGUGUUGAGUUUUCAAGCAAUUGUAGAUUAUAUUUACGUAGUGUAUCUAUAAUCUUAAUUUUACUAAUAACAGGAGGCGGAUAUUUUGCAUACAUUUCUUUACUGUAAACUUCAGCAGCAAAGAUCAGUCAUAAAGUUUAAACCAAUCAUAACAAAAGACACCAGCCUCUUCCUCUUUCUUUGGUGUGAGAAGAACAGUAAAGUAGGCAACAGAACCACUUGAAGUCAAAACCGAAAUAAAGAACAUGAUCCUUCCCGAAAGAUUGAAGAGGAUGCUUGAGCCACUCCAAACAGCCAGAAGACGGAUGGUUCACGCUGAAAAGAACAGAAAUCAAGUGAAAGACGAGCGUAAUGGUGACUUGCCAACAUAAACACAUACAUUAAAUUGAAUAUGUAUAUAUCUAUAACGACUGUAAAAAUGAAACAAAUUCAACAAUAUUUACUAUAUAACGAACCCACUCGUAGAAUAUAACCCAGAAUGUUAAAGGAAAAGACACAACCACAUGCAAGCGACAGAGGCAAGAAGGGUGGGAAUAAGGUGGGAAAAUAUGACACCGCCGCGCUCCUGAUCGAUUGUGCCCCAAAGCACAAAUCUAUGCCAGCUAAUGACAAAAGCCAUCUCACCUAUCUUGCAAGGGUCGCAGAAGAGACCGGCUUAUGUGGACGCACAUACGAAAUAAGAGUUGUCCAGACGGAGCCCGGCGCAGAAAAGAGGUAACCUCCACGUAUUGGAGCAACGUCUUAACCACGCAAAUCUGCGGGUCAGCAGGAAAAAAACAGGUAAAAAAAACGAAGUAGAGUUAGUCUUAGUCAGACAUGAAAUAGAAAAAAUAACCCCUUCUGGCGAGAAGAUGCCAUCGACAUCAAAGGCCCGAACUUUCAAAACCAGAUGAAAGGAGACCAUACAAAGUAAUAGUGUAAAUUUUGCAGAGAGUUGGCGAAGUGACAUCAACGGGUUAUCCAGCAAAUCCCUAAUGAAACGAAGGACCACGUCCCAGAGCCGAGAAUAUUUCGGAGCGGAUGGACGUAAUAAUCGGAUACCACGAAACAGUCGACAUGUGCGGGUUCUGCCCUACUGGCAAACUGAGAACUGGAAUAUGUGCGACAGAAAUGGGCGAAAGGUAAGUGUUAAUGGAACCAUAUGAACUACCUGAGGCAAAUAGUUGCAUCAGGAAAUUCGGUAUGACUGGUAGAGGUGCCGUAAGGGAAUCGGAAUCCCUCUCCAAACACCAACUAUUCCACUUGUUCCAGGCAACAAGGUAACUGCGUCUACUGCCGGGAGCUCAUGAGUCCCAGAAUAAGUCUUUAGUAGCCUGCGAUAAGCCGUCGACAUUCCAAGAUUCCCUGAAAUCAUGCAAGCCGCUAUUUCUGGACAGUCAUGCAGGAUGAGAGGAUGUUGUUCCCCCAUGGGGUUGGAGAGUAGAAACGGAAAACUUCGGAAGAAGAAUUGGAUGGUCAUAGAACAGUUCCGACAGGUCCAGGAACCAUGCUUGGCUCGGCCACAACGUUGAAAUCAGUAGCAGUGAGAUCCUCCAUACGCGCAGUUGGUGUAGAACUCUCGCCAACAAGGAGCAAGGUUUGUUUGAAUGCGUACGCCCCUAGAAAAGGCCAUUCCUGUAGGAACGCGUCCACCGCUUUGCAGUCCGGAUCCGGGAGCCAACUGAAGAACUGUGGAAGUUGGUAAUUGGUCCUUGAUACAAAAAGAUCUAUCAGUAGAGGUCUCCUGCAUUCUAACAGCGGAAUACCAGUCCGCUGUUAGACUGGACGUAUCCAGUAAAUAUUCUGCCCUCAAGGUAAUGUUGAGCGACAGGCAAAAGGUGUAAAUGUACUUUGUUGCUUCCGCAAGUGCUCAGGAGCGUGCUCCGACCAGCUUGUUGAUGUACUGGACUACCGAGAUGUUGUCCAUGCGGAGUAGUAUGCAGCAAUCUGACAUGGUUUUCGCCAAUCUUUGUAUUGCAAACAAGCUUUCGAUCAGUUCCAGACAGUUGAUGUGCAGCCCCGUUUCCUCUGCUGACCAUGGACCCCCAGUGGAGAAGGAUGCGCAGUGUGCGCCCCAGCCCCACAGGCUGGUGUCCGAAUCUAACACAAAAUUCGCUGAGGGACCAAAUGGGGCUUUCCCAUUCCAGGCCUGCAUGUGCCGAAUGUCUGGAUUGAGUGGUACUAGGUGGCCGUAGGAGAAGCUUGCUCGGAGAAAGCGAGCUUUGAGGCGCUGCAUGGCCCUGUAGUGUAGUGGUCCGGGAUAGAUUGCCUGAAUCAAAGUGGACAGCAGGCCCGCUACACGUGCUAGUAGUUGGAGUGGGACCUGGUGCAUCUUAACUUCCGAAUUUCUUUCCGUAUGGAUGCAGUCUUCGAGAGGGGAAGUAGUAGAACGCAAGAAGUCGAGUCUAUCUCGAAUCCCAGAAAUUGUACAACUUGUGUCGGCUCUAGUGUCGAUAUUUCCCGGUUUACCAUGAAACACAAGAAUUCCAGGAGGUCAACGACAACGUUUAUCUGAGAAGUUAGGCAUGAGGCUGAGUCAUAGAAGAUGAGCAAGUCGUCUAGAUAUAUCAGACAUCUUACUCCGUGAAAGUGGAGGUGGGCCAUGACUGGCUUUAGAAGCUUAGAGGCAGGUGAACUGGCACGUGGCGCCUUUCCAGAGGAACCCAAGGAAUUUCCGACAGCAAGGUGCUACUGACACUGUGUAGGUAAGCGUUCUUAGGUGCUGAAGGAUGAAGUCUGGGGCCAUGGCCCAGAAGCGGCUGGUGCUCAACCUCUCUACCAACCAGCCCUUCCAAAAACACCUCUUGUUGGAUCAGAGGAGAACACUUGCCUCAUCGAAGCUUGGGUCUUGUUUAAGGUCGUGAAGAGUGAGACGUGCUUUUUAAGCUCAUGGAUGAAGGCCUUACAAAACAGGAGACCAUUGACUGAAGGGCAGUGAUCUUUUCUAGCCAUGUCCAUCAGCUUGACGUCGAACCGGAGUAAUGCGGGUCUGUGCCUUUCGGUACACAAGUCAGCAUUGGUGUUACCUAGCAGGCAGAUAUUGCGCUGUGCCCAUUUCCGAAUGGCAUGCGAGUCCACUUGGGAGCCCUAGGAGAGAGCCAAAUCCACGAAGUACAGUAUUGGUCCCAGGAUGUCCAGUAGUUUGUCCUGUGUGGCUUUCAGACCAUUUUCCGCUGCUUUUGGGGGAUUGCGCCCUGACCUUGACAUGAAAAUGACCACUGUUUAGUCAAAUUCCGGGGUGAUCGCCAUCUUGUCCAGUAAGUAGGUCGAGGGCAUUCCGCCCGGAGUCUGGGGUCUCACCUCCCUGUCAAUGGGCCUGCGGAUCCAGAAGUGGACGAACUUGUCCAUAUGAGAAGGCCGGGACCACUGCGAGGAUCUUGGGUGUCAUACGGUCCCAGUAUUAAACAUGAGGCACCCCUGGGUAUGCAGGAACACCCCGUAAUUUCCUUGUGCGACCUGAAUGUCUCCGUGAGGAAAGGGACCUCCUAUAUACGAUUCCUUAACAUAUUUCGACUCUGUGGUCGGAUGGUCCAGCCAUUCAUCCUCACCGCCAGAUGCAGAGUCUUCCACCCGCCAUUUGUCUAAAAUGUCUAGGCCAGCAGCACCUCCUCUGAGGACAUCACAGGCGGUGGUUGUUCUGAUACCAGUAAUCGUUUAGGGCGUUAGCCGUAGUAGUAUUGUUGGCCUUAGUGGGCAAGGGUGUAACACCUUUCCUGUGGUGGUUGACCACGGCGGGUGCAUCAGUGUUAGAGACAUCUGACCCUACCGUGUCAUCAUCACAUGGAGGCGGCAUGCCCACGGCUUGUGAAGAGACCUUAGGAGGAGGUUGCGUGGGGUUUUUUGGAGAGUGCCUUCUCCAUUAAUGCUGCUACUGCAGCCUGUAUCAUGUCCUGUGGUUGGGUUGGUGAGUCACUUAUGUCGGAGUGUAGAGUUCUUCUCACAGCUGUACCAGGCAAGCUGCACAAACAGGCACCAGAAAAGUUCAAUUGUAUACACUGUAUACCCCCCUCUUUAGGUUGUCAGUGGCAUAAAGUACAUAAAUGAAGUAAGCACCUCCAUCUGAAAUCCUUGGUAGAUAGUGUGAACCACCAAGGUACAGGUAAAGGUGCCUUUAAUGAAUUAUUAUUAGGACUCACUACUCACAGCCGGUUGAAACAAGCGGCUAAUAUAUGCAAGGGAUUAGUCUCCAUUAGAUCUUUACUGCUGAAGUUUACAGUAAAGAAAGUUAUGCAAAAUAUGAAGCCUUCUGUCAUGUGGUAAAAUUAAAGGUUUCAUUGAUAAGAAGUGGUCAUAGUGCCUGGAGUCUAUAUGUCCAGCAUUGUGUUUAAAAAGUGCUGUACAUACAAAGAUUAACCCCUUAGCUUCUGAAUGUGUAACUCUACACAGUGUCAUUAGCUCCAGGCUGACUAAUGUGAACUCUUUCAAAAUUGGCGUCUGACACCAGCACAGACAGUGCAAUGGCUGCUCUCUUCAGUCUGUCCUCCCAGACCUCCCCUCCAGAAAGCGGGAAUUAAAUGAUCUGAGGGGGAUUAGGCAUCAGGGAGGAUUUGGCCUUGGCUCUGGAACGGAGGUAAGUUUUACCAUAUAUUUAUUUUAUUACUUUUAAAGGUUUGGUGGUGGGCAACCACCUCAAAAAGCUUUACUUUUUAUGAAAACACUGGCUUUUAAAUGGAGUAACAAUUUAAGAACAGGUAACUUACUGAGUUGUUUUGGCUUACUCUGAAACACUGGCUGGGCUUCUCACCAUGAUAUAACUGACUACACUUAAUGAAUUUAAACUUUUGGGCUCUGGAGGUCACUCCAGGGCAUUUUGCCUAGUAUGAUAACUCCAGAUCUUCUGUGAGUGUGCUUUCUAUUUUUCUUUUAAUUCACUUUAUACACUGAUCAGCCUCAACAUUAAAACCACUGACAGGUGAAGUGAAUAACAUUGAUUAUAUUGUUACAAUCAAGGGGUAUUUAUAUUAUAUUAGGCAGCAAGUGAACAGUUCUUGAAUUUAUGUAGUUUGUAGGAAAAAUAAAUGGGAUACAGGUGUGUAUUCUGAACAAAAUAUUAACAACACAUAGUGUGACCUCCUCACUUUCACUGAUGUUUCAAUCCAGGAACCGAGAGAAGUCAGGAAUCCAGUAUAAAAACAUGCAUUUCAAAAACUAACAAAUAAUUUAAAAUAAAUUAAAAUAUAAACAAAAAGUAUAUACAUUGAGCCCACGUCCGUUUUGUUCAUUAACGAACUUCCUCAGGGACCUCAAAUAUUAAAAUACAAUCAGGACAAUAAUAAGACAAUUAAACUGUAUUUUAACUUUAUUAUUAUUGUCUUGAUUGUAUUUUAAUAUUUGAGGUCCCUGUGGAAGUUCUUUAAUGAACUAAAACGCGUAGGACCUGGGCUUAAUAUAUAUACUUUUUGUACUGUAUAUUGUGUAUAAUAAGUGAGGAGCAUUACAAGGGUGCAAGGUAUUGCCUUGGCCUCAAAAUUCUCCAGAUCUCAAUCUCAUGAACAUAUGAGCUGGAACAACAAAUCUGAUCAAUGGAGGCCCCACCUUGCAACUUGAAGGAUCUGUCGCUAAUGUCCUGUUGCCAGAUACCAGAGGACACAUUCCGAGGUCUUGUGAAAAUCAUGCCUUGAUCUGUUUUUGAGACCUUCAUGAUAUUAGGCAGUUGGUUUUAAUGUUGUGGCUGACCAAUGUAUACAUUGUGUACUAUGCUGCAUACUCCAUUUCUGUCUGUUUUAAAAAAAUAUAUAUUUUGAUUUGCUUUUGUGCAUUUAGGUUUGAGGACAAAUAACCAUACUACGCAUUGUAGUUUAAUUUUUUACUUUAAUAUUAUCACACGUUUUUUUUCUCUGUUUGGUCUCUGUUUAUAUGAGGCAUGGGACAAGACUGUUAAGACAAUUAUCAUUAUCUGAUUUCAUGUAAGAACAUGCUUCUUUAACUGGCUAAGUUGCAUUAAAAGCAUAAAGCGACUUUUCUUUAGUUCUUAGCAUUUUAUGUAGAAGCAAUACACAGUGAAGAAAUAUAUUUUCUUUCAGUAGAAAUAGGUUCAGGGCUAUAUCUCCCCACCCCCAUCCAUAUGUGCCAAUAUAUUUUGAGGAAUUCAGAGUUACGUCUUCUGCAACCGUCACUUCUCUCUCUCUCCAUCUCACUCUCCCUUUACCUCUCUCUCUCUUUUUUUUAAUAGUUUUUUUUUUUUUUUUUUUAAUAUACAACCAAAAACAAUAUACAAGAAUACAAAACCAAAUAAUUAAAAGGAGAAAGUGGACUGGGAAUCACUCUGCAAAGAUGGGUCGUACACAUGAUAAAAGACCAGCAAAGUAAUAAACAAACAAUACGAUAACUCUCAUGCAGGAUUCAGGAUAUAUAUCAUGGGUGCUAAACAAGAAAAGUAGGUCAAGCUUAAUGAGAUCACCAGGAGCAUAUAUGGAGGGGGCAUAUAACGGAGAGGUAAAGGAAACGUUGGGAAGUACUUAUAGGCCACUGCGGCUGUAAUGAGAAGAAGUACCAAAUGAGGUAGAGCUGAACUUUGGUGAUGUCAGUCGGUGAUACCUGUUGUCUGUGUAUUAGUUUGGAAGGCUCAAAGGAAUAGUAGAAAGGAAGGAGGAGAAGGAGAGUGAGAAAAUGGGGGUAGUCAGAUAGGAAUUAAAACUAUAUACAGGAAGUAAAGAAGAAUGAGCGAGGAAAAGGUAAGAGCUAGGAGGAUAACCUGAGAGAAAGAAGGUUUGCCCAGUUCCACAAGGCAGAAAUGAAUUAGGAGGGCAAGUGAGGGGGGGAAGAGAAAGGGAGUGUAAAAUGCCCUAAUGCAGGGGUCCUCAAACUCCAGACCCCCAGAUGUUGCUGAACUACAACUCCCAUGAUUCCCUGGCUAUCUAUGUAAUUCAAAUAAUCAUGGGAGUUGUAGUUCAGCAACAUCUGGGGGGCCGGAGUUUAAGGACCCCUGCUCUAAUGCAUUAAAAAAGAAGAGUCCACCAAAGAAAAGUGGCAUAAAAUAAUGGUGUUAGGAUAUGUUUUUGUUCAGCCAAGUGGAAUAAUUUGGGUGAGUCAUGUAGUUUUGCAGUGAGUCUAUCCUUGUCAAUUGCCUCCUUAUUCUAGCAGACUUCUUCUUUCUCCUAUCGCUGAUUGGGAUCAACACUGAGCAUUAUUUGUCAUUUUGCAAAGAUAACAUUUUGGGACUUUUACCAUUAUAUCACAGGACAAAACUAAAUACAGCAAAUAAACAGAAGUAAAAUAUUGCAAUAUCUUAUACACAUUUGUUCCUUAAAGUAACAGUGCCAAGGUGCCCACCUCCUCCCUGGUUGCAAGGUGUUAAACUGUACAAAUGAUUUGACUACUUGCUUGUGGUCUGCUGGGCGCCACUCCCUGCCUCCACAAUCACUCCUGAUCUAAGCUCUGCAGUGCAGGUCUUAGCUCAUUGACUGAAUGCAGUCAGUCUUCUUGGGAAUUUCUGACAAUAAUGGUAGUGGAGGUUAGUGUACCCCAUGUGAGAAAUAAAAGUUUUCAUAUAGGGUAUGGCAAGUUCAAUCUGUAGUGGCUAUGGUGCUUGGAGCAUUCCUUUAACCCCUUAAGGACACAUGACAUGUCAUAAUUCCCCUUUAUUCCAGAAAUGUGGUCCUUAAGGGGUUAAAGGUACAGUGCAGACCCCUAAAGCACUUCAGCUUGCUGAAGUGCUUUAUGUGUAAUGAGUAUGUAAUCUUUUUUCACUUUACAAAAAUUGUAGCUUUCAAAAGAAAUUAGCCCCCUGGUUGUCAAUCAGACAACUGGUCCUGUUACUUCCUGGUUUGGUCAGCUCAGUGGAGCUAAACACAAGAGGCAGCAAUUGCCAAGAGCUCCUGCUUUGCAAAGACUUAUCUUUGCGCUGCAUUGGGAAGUCUGUGAUUGGCCAGUCACAGAAAGUGUGGGCGGGGUUAGAAGGGGAAUUUCUUGCAAAGACUGCAGACUAGAUCUGCAGGUCUUACAAGCUGUUAUCAGAUAAACCUUAAUGAAAAAAUGCAUAACUAAAUGCAUGCAUGUUUUUGUUUGACUGUUAAUCUACUGAAUACUAAGCAGUGAUGAGAUAUGUUUUUAUAUAUAUAUAUAUAUAUAUAUAUAUAUAUAUAUAUAUAUAUACACACACCCUGUUCCAAAUUAUAUUUUUCUUGUUUACCUAAAUAAUUUAUGUAAAUAACAGUCAGCAUAAUUCUCAUGUUAUCAACUAUUAAGAGUACAAUUCAAAUUUUAUUGAACAAACCUCCUAAUGAUAACUAUUUUCUUUAAACAUAAAAAACUUACAAUGCACUGUUUCAAAUUAUUACGCACAGUAAGUUUCAAAACACUUUAUAGGUUGUAAAGAACUGAGAAUUUUCAUUUGUUGUGUUUGCAGCAUAUUUACUGAAAUCAAAAACUAUUUCAAUCAAACUUAUAACAACAUUUUAACUUUUUAAACAUUUUAACAGGUUUAACAUAGGACCCCUUAUUUGAUAGCAGCUUCAUAAGUCUUGCAUCCAUUGAACAUGUGAGUUUUUGGACAGUUUCUGCUUGAAUUUGUUUGCAAGAUCCCAGAAUAGCCUCCCAGAGCUGCUGUUUGGAUGUAAAGUGCCUCCCACCCUCAUAGAUCUUUUGCUUGAGGAUGCCCCAAAGGUUCUCAAUAGGAUUGAGGUCAGAGGAGGAUGGAGGACACACCAUGACUUUCUCUCCUUUUAUCCCCAUAGCAGCCAUUGAUGCAGAGGUAUUCUUUGCAGCAUGAGAUGGUGCAUUGUCAUGCAUGAAGAUGAUUUUAUUACGGAAAGCAUAGUUCUUCCUUCUGUACCAGGGAAGAAAGUGGUCAGUCAGAAACUCCACAUACUUUGCAGAGGUCAUCUUUACACCUUUCGGGGACCCUAAAGGGGCCAACCAGCUCUCUUCCCAUGAUUCCGGCCCAAAACAUGACUCCACCACCGCCUUGCUGACGUCGCAGCCUUGUUGGAACAGGGUGGCCGUCCACCAACCAUCCACUACUCCAUCCAUCUGGACCAUCCAGGGUUGCACAGCACUCAUCAGUGAACAAGACUGUUUGAAAAUUAGUCUUCAUGUAUUUUUCUGCCCAAUGGAGCCGUUUCUGCUUGUGAGCAUUGGUUAGUGGAGGCCGAAUAGAAGGUUUAUGCACAGUUGCAAGACUCUGGAGGACUUUACACCUUGAUGUCCGUGGGACUCCAGAGGCACCAGCAGCUUCAAAUAUCUAUUUUCUGUUAUGUAAUGGUAUUUUAGCAGCUGCUCUCUUGAUCCGAUGCAUGGAUCUGGCAGAAAUCUUCCUCAAUGUGCCUUUAUCUGCACAAACCCUUCUGCGCUCUGAAUCAGCCACAAAUCUCUUAAUAGUGCGAUGAUCACGCUUAAGUUUUUGUGAAAUAUCUAAUGUUUUCAUGCCUCGUCCAAGUCAUUGAACUAUUUCACUCUUUUCGGCAGCAGAGAAAUCCCUUUUCUUCCCCAUAUUGCAUGAAAAUGGUGCUCUGCUUAAAGGACCACUAUAGUGCCAGGAAAACAUACUCGUUUUCCUGGCACUAUAGUGCCCUGAGGGUGCCCCCACCCUCAGGGACCCCCUCCCGCCCGGCUCUGGAAGGGGAAAGGGGUAAAAACUUACCUUUUUCCAGCGCUGGGCGGAGAGCUCUCCUCCUCCUCUCCGCCUCCGUUACGCCCCGCCGGCUGAAUGCGCACGCGCGGCAAGAGCUGCGCGCGCAUUCAGCCGGUCUCAUAGGAAAGCAUUUACAAUGCUUUCCUAUGGACGCUGGCGUGCUCUCACUGUGAUUUUCACAGUGAGAAGCACGCAAGCGCCUCUAGUAGCUGUCAAUGAGACAGCCACUAGAGGAUUAGGGGGAAGGCUUAACCCAUUCAUAAUUAUAGCAGUUUCUCUGAAACUGCUAUAAUUAUGAAAAAAUGGGUUAACCCUAGAAGGACCUGGCACCCAGACCACUUCAUUAAGCUGAAGUGGUCUGGGUGCCUAGAGUGGUCCUUUAAUAAUGUGGAAUACCCUCCUUUAGUAGUUUUUCCUUAAAUUGGGCUCACCUGGCAAUCUAAUUAUCACAGGUGUUCGAGAUUGUUUUCAGUGAUCAAAAGAGCCCUGAGACACAAUGCCAUCCAUGAGUUAAACUGAAAAAAUAUUUAAUCUUUGUGACACUUAAAUAGAAUUUGCAUAAUAAUUUGGAACAGGGUGUAUAUAAUUAGAUUAUAUAAUUAAAUCAUUAAUCACGCUUUAACUUUUGUAACACACACAUAUAUAAUAUAUAUUUAUAUAUUUCUGGUUCACAGCUUCCAGAGGAGGACCUCCAAAUGCUUACCCAUACAUGCCCAAUGGAGGCUAUGCAUAUCCACCUCCUGCAGCAAAUGGGAUCUACCCUCCAGCCCCCAGCGGAUAUCCUUACCCUCCACCACCAAAUGGUAAGUGAUAGAGUUAUUAUUAGUACAUGUUCUGGGACAGAUUGAACAUUUAUGGUUUUCAGCAAAAACAUAAAACCGCUUUCUAUUUAUACAAUGCGAUUUUCUCUGUACCUGAUUUACAUGUUGCGGGCAAAAAACUGCUUUCGACUUACACAGCUAAAAAAAAACUUUUACCAGAAAUAUUGAAAUAGAUUUCUGUUGACAAAUGUUUGGUUAUUGUAACCUUUAUGGGGAUAUUCUAAUACUGGGUGGUGCUUUAUUUAUGUGAUAUGGUUUGGGCUUCUGGUAAAACUAUUUAAAGCACCACACUAGAUAUUAGUGAGGCAUAACAUUUUUUUUUUUUUUUUAAAUCAUCAAUGCGUAGUAAACAAAAUAACCCUUUAUGUUUCAUUUCCUACGCAGAUAUGAGUUUAAAAAUUGUAUCCUUUGUCUGAAACCUAAUAAACCGAAAAAGAUAAUAUAGAAAAUAGUAAAUGCUCAGUCUACAAUUAUGAAAGCAUUAAAGGAACACUAUAAUCACCUAAAUUACUUUAGCUAAAUAAAGCAGUUUUAGUGUAUAGAUCAUUCCCCUGCAAUUUCACUGCUCAAUUCACUGUCAUUUAGGAGUUAAAUUACUUUGUUUCUGUUUAUGCACCCCUAGCCACACCUCCCCUGGCUAUGAUUGACAGAGCCUGCAUGAAAAAAAAACUGGUUUCACUUUCAAACAGAUGAAAUUUACCUUAAAUAAUUGUAUCUCAAUCUCUAAAUUGAACUUUAAUCACAUACAGGAGGCUCUUGUAGAGUAUAGCAAGCUAUUAACAUAGCAGGGGAUAAGAAAAUCUUAAUUAAACAGAACUUGGAAUAAAGAAAGCCUAAAUAUGGCUCUCUUUACAGGAAGUGUUUAUGGAAGGCUGUGCAAGUCACAUGCAGGGAGGUGUGACUAGGGUUCAUAAACAAAUGGAUUUAACUCCUAAAUGGCAGAGGAUUGAGCAGUGAGACUGCAGGGGCAUGUUCUAUACACCAAAACUGCUUCAUUUAGCUAAAGUUGUUCAGGUGACUAUAGUGUCCCUUUUAAAUGCAAUGUAGACAUAUGUUGUUUUGUUUUUUAUUUGAAAAAUAGAUGCCAGGGACUUUAACAAUGUAAAACUUUUCAUCUGUUGUGCAGUUAUUAGUAACUAUUACUUUCAGUUUUCUAAAGAGGGUACUUUGAUAAUCAAUACAAUUUUAAAGUGGCACUUGCAGGGACUUGCCGAAUUCACCAAGAUCCUUGAUAGUGACAUCGCCACUGGGGAUUCUGAGGCCUAGGGGCCAGGUAAAGGUGAUAUUUACUUACAUGAACCUGUCCCUCGUGGGCAGCCUCUAUCUUCUACUGUCUGCUCCUCUUAAGCGAGCCAGGCACUGACGUCACUGCAGUACUCUUGUACAUGCGCAAGAAUACAUCAUUAAGGUGGGAUCCUCCAUAGACCGAGCCAAUUCCCUGCAGUUGUCAGUGCUGUCUGGAUUUAGUCUCUACCUCCGCCCUGAAUUUAAGAAAGUCUGGUGAAGGAGAAAUACAGAGGCAAAGUAUUCCCUACUUUUUCUAUAUAUAUCUCGUGACUGGGUUAGAAUUUUUUAGGGGGUGACAGUGCCACUUUAAUGUAUUUUGAUAGGUUUUGGCCUCAUGUUUUGCAUGCUUACAUCCUCAGCUUUUGCACAAAAAUUUAAUGUUGCCCCAUAUCUCAGAAAUCUUUCCUUGUCAGUGUAAACACAGCUCUGCCACUAACAGUAGUGAAUAAUCUGCUUUUUGUUUCACAGCCUGGCUGCAGACAGUCAGAUAAACUACAAACAGGUAGCAAUCUCCUCACUAUGUGUCUCUCAGAGUGUCCUUCACUUCUAAUGCAAGCUGCUUUUUAGUUCCAGUCGCUCCGUUCGGUCAACGGCCGAUCUGUGUACAAAUGUUUGAUAGGUUCGAAGUCCACUUCUGGAGUGAGGGAGAUCGUGUAUAAGGUGUUGCAUUCUACGUGCAUAUAAUGUAGAAUUCUGCAAAGCAUUAAAUUUUUUUGUGCAAAAACUGUAAAGCUUGCAAAAAAAUACAGCAUAAAUGGAUAAAAAUGGAGCAUCUCUUUAAAGUUUGCAAUUCCCUUGUCAGUGCUUUACAAAUGAGGAUCCUGUUUAGAAUAUUCGGAAUAUAUAUAGAAUAUAAAAAACAACUUAAAACUCUUCUAUAUGAGCUCUAUCAAUGAUUUUUUUUUUUAUACUGUCCUCUCUUGCAGAGUUUUAUCCUGGACCUGCACCUCAAGACAGUUCAUAUACUUAUAUGCAUCCCCCUCCUCCUCCUUACCCUGGUCCAAUGGAGCCGCCUUCAGCCUCUGCUCCAGAAUUGCCCUCCACUCCUGCAGGUGAGUGUAACAGGUAGCCAGGGGACUUGCUUUAACUUGUAUUUGACUGUCUCUGCAACCUUUGGAGCACUCCAGGCACGAAAACCACUACAGCCCUCUCUGUUCUGAGCUAGCUUAUUGGCUGGGACCAACUGGGAUCAACUGAUGCUAUUGGCCAUUGAGCUGCCCGUGUACAGCUAAGUGUAGCUCAGGAGAACAAAUUGAAGUUUUAUGCAGGAGCUUCCAGCUCCCAAUGGAGGAGGUGACUGGCACCCAGGAUACCCCAGGUUUGUUACCAAACUGUUAGUAAACGGUUUGAUUAGUUUAUAGUGAAGGAACUCCAGGCAGGCUGUAGUGGUUGUGGUGUUUGGAAUGUUCCUUUAAUAAUCAUCAGAUGACCUUAAUAAAAAGUAUGUUGACAAGGCUAUGAGGCUAUCAUCUUGUGUUUCUAACAUCACCUAUGAUGUGGCUUGGGUUGGUGUAAUUUUGCAUUGCUUCAAUUUGGUGUCAUUUUGCCAUUGAUAAUAUUGGGCAUUUUAAAUGCUUAGUCUAGGUUUAAGCUUGCAUGUAGGGAUUAUUGUGCUGAUUUAUCAAAUCUGCAUUAUAAAACGUAUUGUGCAGUUAUGAUGCAAUCUACAUUUUUAGGUCGUUGUUUUAUGCAAUCAGCAUUAUUGAAUCAAUUUUAUUUUGACAUGCUGUCACAUCUAAAGUAAACCUUGAGCAGUAAUAAUGAUCUUAUGAUGAGCAAUAAUAAUGAAUAUUUAACCAAGUAUUCAUGGUCUGAUGAGGUUGGGGCUUAGAGAAAUGUGAGAAAGCCUGAAAGUGUUGUGGGUUCAUAGAAAACGUGCAAUUAGAGUUGGAUGUAAGUGAAAACAUUUAUUUACUUCAAACUAAUUACAAAGAAAUAAAUUUCUGUUUUGACCCAGGUGGUCCUUUUCUAUAUGAUGAAAUAUUCAGCUAAUGUAUUACUAGAUUUGUUCUUUAAACAUUUGUGUGUUGUAUUGUGUGUUAUUCUGUCUUUCUACCGUAUGCUUUGAUAUUUGUUCAGACUGUCAGACCUUGGUUUGCCUACAUGUAAAGAAAUGACAGUGUAGUAAUCCAAUGAAUGCCUACUUAUCACGAGGUCUAAACGUUUAGUUGGUGUACGUGGAAGAUUGAUAUAACACUGCAAUACCAUUUUAAAUAAAAAAAAUCAAACAGUGUACAAAUCAGAUGUUUGCGAUUCAGUUGUUAUUAUCACAUAGUUUUGUAAAAAAGGGUGAAAUUGAUUUAAAUUAAAAAAAUUGCUAUUAAUACAUGUUUGUGUUCAGCGGACAAGACACAUCAGUGUGGUAAUGAAUAGAAUGAGAAAGUUAUUAAUUUUUUUUGUCUGUUAACCUUUCAUGCACUUAGUUUGGUCAGAUGCACAAGAACUGUGAGAUAAACAGACCACAUCCAACCACCUUCAGCUUAGAAAAUGCCUUGUCUUCUUUUUGUUCCAUUUUUUGAUGAUCUGUUUAGACUUUACUUUCUAGAUGAUUUCGCUAGUGCCAUUGAGAAAGUGAUUUUAAAGUGUCAUUCACUAUGGCAUUUAGACUUUGUUUACUCUCAUCCUGAGAACACUGGAAAGUACAAACUAAGUACCAGGCACUGAUAAACUAAUUUUCUAUUCAGAAUGCUUUUGUUCUGUUGAUCGCAGAUUAUUUUUUUGAGGCUAGUUCUGAACAAGGAUUUUUAGCUCCCUUCAAAGACAGAAACUUUCUGCCUGUGCCAACACUCAAAAUGUUAAUUGUCUAAAUAGCUGUCUCUACGUAUCUUUGGAGAAGAUUGUGAAUAGUUCUAGUGCUAGUUCUAUAUUGACUUAAAGGGACACUCCAGACCCCUAAAGCACUUGAGCUUGCUGAAAAGCUUUAUGUGUGCAGAGUGUGUCCUCUUUUUUUUUCAUUUUGGAAAUAGUGCAGAUUUCAAUAGAAAUUGACACUUGUGUAAAUUUUACUGGUUAUACUCCCCUGGCUUUUCAAGCGGACAGCAGGUCUUGUUACUUCCUGAUUUGGUUAGUUUAUUGAGCUGUAUUGGGAAGUCUGUGAUUGGACAGCCACAGACAGUCUGGGCGGGGUUAGAAGAGGAGGGGUUGCAAAGGCAGCAGACAAGAGAUCUGCAGUUUUUGAAAGCUCUUUUUCGAUAUAGCUCCAGUUUAUUAUUAUUAUUAUUAUUAUUAAAUUCAUAUAUUUAUUUUGUAUUUGAGCAGUGAAGUGUACCUUUAAAUGUAUCCUUACUUCAGUUUUCUGUAUUCAAUGAAAGUAUUGAGCUAUCAACCUCUUAAAGGAAUAUCACCAAGUUGUAUAAUCCUUUGUUUUUAUAUCUGUGUUUAUGGUUAGGAUUAUAUGUUGUACUAUCAUUAGUAUGUUUCUGGUCUUGUCUUCUUAGCUGAAGCCAAAGCUGCUGAAGCUGCUGCUAGUUCUUACCAAACCAACCCUAACCAAACAUACAUGCCUAUGGUAAGUGCCAGAAACUAGCUUCAUGGCAAAUCUAAUGUAUUAGUUUCUGUAAUGUCAUCUCCCUCUAUUUCCUUUUUUGUAUUUUUAGGAUUUUCCUCCACCCCCUCCAUACUCCCCACCGGAUGACAAGAAAAACCAGUGAAAUGCCUACAACGUAUUCUGACAAAGCACACAAAGUUCCUCUAAUGCUUGUAAACUUGUCUGAACACCCGUAAAGCCCAGAUGAAAGGCCCAAGGACUAUAAACUAAGAAACUAUACUCUGAAUCCUUCUUCGGACCUUGGUUAUUGCUUCUGUCAUUAAACCUUCAAAAAAUGAGUUGCAAGCCCAGGUAGCAGAGAAGACAUCAACACAUCCCAUCAAACUUGGAAUUAUGCAGCUCGGAUGACCUGACUACCACUAUCUUCUGCUACCUGUACAUUCUUAAUUUCCCCUGCUUUCAAACACUAACUGACUGAAACUGUACCGAAUACUGCUAGAGAAGCAUGCGUAUAUCCUAACUGUAUUUUGAUUGCUGUGUAAAUGCAAAUAAUAAUUUUAAAGAAAUAAUUUAUUAUAAAAUAAUUUGUUGCAGAUGUAGGAAUGCAGUUUGCAUAUCACAUUAAAGUAAAAAAAAAAUCCUGAAUGCAUUUUGCCGCUUUUUGGGUAUGAUGCUUUUAAAAAAAAAAAAUUUUAUUCUUUAUUUAUAGCUGCAUAUAAAAUAACAAGUCACAAUUGCAUAAACAAACAUAAACAAGGGCAGAAAGCCCAGAAGAGAUUUAUACAGAGCAAAAGCAUACGAUGUAACAAUACAAGUACUGCAUCUGUUGAAUUUACCCAAUAGGGAUUGAUAUUGCCAAUGGGGAUGGGCUUAAGGCUCACUGCUUGAAGAAGAGAUUGUACACAUUUGUUAAAACCUCUAAGAAACAUAUUUGGGUAUCAUGUUUUUUAUUUAUCAAAGGAACACUAUAGGGUCAGGAACACAAACAUAUUCCUGACCAUAUAGUGCUAAAAACACCAUUUAGCCCCUUUCCCCCUAAAUAUAGUAAAAUCUUACUUUUAUUCCAAAGUGCUGCCGCUGGCUCUGCCCCUGAUGUGCCUGCUUGGCUGACAUCAUCAGAAGUGUGAUCAAAGCCAAUCACAAUGCUUUCCUGUAGGAAAGCAUUGGAUUGGUUGAGACUGUUAAGGAGGCAGAUCUGGGGCAGAGCCAGCACAAGCCAAACACAGCCCUGGCCAAUCAGCAUCUCAUAGAGAUGGAUUGAAUGCAUGCAGAGGGUGAAGACACUGAAUGGCAAUGCUGCACAGUGUGCAGUACUGCCACAGAAAGCACCUCCAGAAGCCAUUGAAAGAGUGACCAUUGGAGUUAUCCCUAGGCUGUUAUGUAAACACUGCCUUUUCUAUCAAAGAAAAAAGUGUUUACCUCAAAAAGCCUGAAGGGAAUGAUUAUACUCACUAGAACAAAUACAAUAGGCUGUAACUGUUCUGGUGACUAUAGUGUCCCUUUAAGUGUGGUUACAAAAUCUGUCUCCCUCUGUCACUUGUGCCUAUGUGAGUGUGAGCCAUUAAUCACCAUUUAUAAAGCCUUAAAUUAUAAUGCUUAAAACUAAAUUUAA